ACAAUGUCCCGAAUCCACCUGCGCAUGGCCGGCUAUGUGGUCACCCUAGCACUACACCUCUCAAAUGGCUUGUAUAUGAGGAGUUGCCAUACGAAAGAAUUGCUGGAAGACCCUGAAAUAAGGACUUUUGUUGGCGUCCAGUGGAGAUUCAUCACAACGUGGACUUUUCUCUUUCAAAUUCUGUACGCCCUCAUCGGACUGAGCUGUGAUUGGUUGACACUGAAAAACUCCUCGAACAAGAAAUACAAAGUCCCGAGUUUCCUGACCGACACCAGGGACACCCUGUAUUCCGCUAUCAUUUGGCCUUCCACUUUUCAAGUGGCAACCCUAUUCUGGCCUUUCUAUCUCUACAACGUGCAACUGGUGUACCCUGUCUUCAUAGAUAGGGUUGUCACCCGUUUAUCCAAUCAUAUAAUGCACAGCUUUAUAAUACCAAUAGCUGUAUGGGAGAUGGUGAUGAGGCCACAGAAAAAACCUCAGAGCGAAGCGAAGAUUGUUAGUUUAAUGUCGGUGUAUACCAUAGCUUAUUGGGCUGUAUUAUUCUACACAUACAUCGAGCAAGAUUACUGGAUAUAUCCUAUAUUUAAAUAUGUAUAUGGCACAAUUUAUUUACCAUUACUUAUAUGCUAUAGUUUACUACUUUUAUUUAUAAAUUAUAAGUCGCAAUGGAUUGUAAUAGAGUUUUUGUAUCCGUCAAAAAAAGUUAAUAAAAAAGUGAAAUAAAUA